AUGGUGGUCUCUACAGUGACAGCCUUGUCAACCAUCGGAACGCUAGAAAGCUUCUUCUCCGGUUCCACGGUUAGCUCUGGUUUUGGAGUAGAGGUGAAAGAUUCCACACCUUUGUCCGACGAGGUCUCAACAGGAGGCUCUUCAGUAUCGUUUUCUUCCACUGUAUUAGUAGGCUCGGCAGGUUGCACAGUAUCGCGCACAGUCUCUGGGCUCUCUUCCGAUGUAUCAGGGGCAGCCACUGACGACUCGAGUUCUUUGGUCUCUGACUGGUCCUCAAUCUUAGAGCUGCCAAAUAAAUCGUUCAACCGUUCUGUUUCGCUACCUUUCACCUCGGACUCCUCAGAUCCAGGCUUUUCAAUCUUCUCAAAGCUCUCCUCCGAAUUUCCCAACUCAGAACUGGUCGACUGA